GCCAGGAAAGCGGUGGCGGAGGCUUCUGCAGCUGUCGCCGGUGGUGGGGUGGGGACCUCCUCUGCGCCCCUCGGACCCGACUUUUUCAGCGCUCUUCUCCCACGCCAGCCUACCUCGCUCCUCGGCGCCAUGACCACCACCACCACCUUCAAGGGUGUCGACCCCAACAGCAGGAAUAGCUCCCGGGUUUUGCGGCCUCCAGGUGGUGGAUCCAAUUUUUCGUUGGGCUUUGAUGAACCAAUGGAACAACAACCCAUGAGGAAGAACAAAAUGGCCUCUAGCAUCUUUGGGACAUCUGAGGAAAAUCCCCCGUCGUGGGCCAAGUCUGCAGGUGCCAAGUCUAGUGGUGGCCAUGAAGAUUCUGAGUCAUCUGGACCCCAGAGAAGGAACUCUUCUGAAGCAAACUCUGGAGACUUCUUAGAUCUGAAGGGAGAAGGCGACAUUCAUGAAAAUGUGGACACAGACUUGCAGGCUGGCCUGGGGCAGAGUGAGGACAAGCCCGUGCCCGCUGCCCCGGUGCCCAGCCCCGUGGCGCCGGCCCCAGUGCCGUCCCGAAGAAACCCCCCUGGUGGCAAGUCCAGCCUCAUCCUGGGUUAGCUGCGACUGUCCUGAACUGUCGUUUUGUCUGUUUGUUUUCUCCAUGCUUGUGAACUGCACAACUUGAGCCUGACUGUACAUCUUUUGGAUUUGUUUCAUUAAAAAAGAAGCACUUUAUGUACUGCUGUCUUCUUUUCUUUUUGAGGAACAGGUUCCCUUUAUCUGUCCUGAUUCCUCUGGGUUUGUAGGCCACGGCAUGAGUGUUUCUAGUACUAGUAGAUUGGAGGGAAGGCUUUGUGACGCUUAUUACCGUGUUUUGAAGAACAAAUAAUUUGGUUCCAAAUGUAUUAGGCGAUCUUUUGUUUUGAGGUUUUUAAAACCCUUUUCUUGUCAGCUUUACUUGGGUUUACCAAGCUUUGAUUGGACAGGCCAGUAAACAGGCCACAGGCACCAUUCCUGCAGGCCCUCAACACAGGGUUGUCUUUAUACUGAACCUUCUUGCCAUUGCCCUAACUUGUCAGUGCCCUUUGCUAAAAGCAUCUUCCUGUGCCAAAUGGAAUAAUAGAGAGGCCUGGGCCUCAUGCCUUGCUGCCUGCAAAGCAAAGAAACUGCCUUUUAUUUUUGAAUCUUAAGAAAUAAGCCAGAUGCUAACGUGACUGGCUGAGGUGCAAAGCCUGCUCUCGUGCAGAGGAAGCUCAUGUACACUCCAACUGACCAGUUCCACAUGGUGAAGCAAGCAAGGGCGGUGACCACACAGAAGCGGGUCUUGGUCUGGAACGGACCCCGCAGGGGCAGUGCUCUUAGAUAACCUGAUGCUGUGUGCAUGAUGCUUGACCAUGAAACAAACAGUCUCAUCCUUAAAAUGUGUGUUGUACUUCACAAUCCUGGACCUUUGCUUAAAGUAAACAAUGUACAAAUUUUGAAA